CCAAGUUGCCUUGUCUCGCAAUCACAGUUCCAUGUCAAUGGUGAGACUCUGGUCCUCGGCUUCAACAAUUUACAUGAAGCCACCUGGAGUUCAGCCAAUACAAAAUUAACAAAUGGAAUCUGGAACAAAUUUGUGUCAAAGUUACAUCACUGUACUCACCAGCAAUUUAAUAUGUUCAGCAAACCAUUUCGUGUGAAAUCCAACUCUCAGUUGAAAGGAUCAGAAAGAAAGAAAUUUCGGGCUGAACUUCUUAAAAACUUCUCAACUCUCACUGAAGAGGAUUUGCCAGAAAUAAUUCAAAAUAAGGAAGUUGUGAUUUCAAUGAAAGUUCUCUGCCAUUCAGGGGAGCAUGUCUUGGUGUAUUGUGUGCAGAAACUUCCUAUUGUAUUUGAAGUGGAUGGAAUUAUGUUUCCAACUGUUUACAUGUUAUGGAAAAUUCCAAAUCUUCUGUACACAUUCACUACAUGGCCUCAAGUUCUUCCUAAGCUUACUGGAGGAGCAGAUCUUAUGUUGCCCGGUGUUGUACUGAAAGAUGGAUUUCAUGUAAAAGCGUUUGGUAAAUUAGAGAAAGGGGAAAGAGUAGCUGUAAAUUUAUCCAACAAUAGCGCACCUAUUGCUGUAGGACGAACUGCUCUAUCUAGUAUGGACAUGUAUAUGUCAGCAAAGCGAGGAAAAGCUGUAAACAUCCUUCAUUUUGUUGGAGAUGAAUUGUGGGGAUAUGGAACAAAAUUACCCACUCCUAAUCUAGGUCCUCCUGAAGGAUUUGAAGUUCUUGGGUCAGAUGAAGAAGCUGAAGGAACUGGAUCAGUAGAAAAUAAAUCACCAGACGAGAAUGAGGGAUUGGAGCAGUCCAAAGGGGAUGAAAAUAUUCCCAAUGUAUGCGAUUUACAAAUAGCAUCCAAUGAACCUGUACAAGAUGAAUCUUCAGUGAAGCUACAGGAAGAUAAUGCAACAGAUGAUGGUGAUAUACAAAAUAAUUUGUCAAUCAGUAAGGAAGAGCCUGAAACAAGUGGUGUGUCUGGCAGCACUGAACAAGGAGAGAGAGAAAUUAUGGAUGAAUUAGUAGAAUAUUGUUUCCUAAAAGCUCUUAAUACAUCAGCAAAGAAAGCAGAUUAUCCUAUGCUAUCAAGCAAAUUUUAUAAAUUACAUAUGUUACCUGCUUGUCCAUCAGAUAAAACAUUAGACAUUAAAAAAUCCAGUCAUAAAAAAUUAAGUGUAUUUUUGAGUAAGAUGAAUGUGCUGGGUGUAGUUUCUGUGAAGGAAUUGACUAAAGGUGUGGAAAGUAUUAUGAAUGUUAAUAUCAGCCAUGAACUGAUACGGAAUUUUGUUGACAUCUUUGCUCAAGAUGAGGCUGGUGCAAGUAGUUCACAGAUGGUGGCCUUGGACUCUAAUUGCCGUCCAGAGAUUACUGAAAUGUAUGUGGUCACUGCUGCAGUGCUACCAAUAUUCAGCAAAUUUGACUUGAAGUUGGUGAAAGUAAAUGAAACUCUUUCAAAUGUGCUUGGUAACAAAGAAAUUGAGAGUAUACAAUGGGAUGAAUUAUUCACUAAAAUUAUUAGUCGAAUGACUCGUUCCUACCAAAUGUCCUUUUCUGGUCAUAGUUCCGUUUUGAAUAAGGGCAAAUUAGAACCUAUUGACAUUCAAGUGGGAAAGAGGACAGGAAAUAAAAAGGUAACCUUGAUUAACAACUUAGAAUUGUAUGGAAUUAAUCUUACGGAAUUUGCUAGAGAAUGUCAACACGGGGUAGCUGCGAGCACUAGUAUUAGCAAUGUCCCAGGGAAGAAAAGCGCACAACUUAUGGUGCAAGGAAAUCAAGUGCUGUUUGUUGGAAACCUUCUGACAGGAAAAUACCAAAUUCCCAAGCGUUAUAUACGUGGACUUGAACUUGCUCCAAAGCAAAAAAAGUAAAAUGAUUUCCCAGAAAUGGUCUUGAUGCUGUUGCAACACCUAUGUGGAUCAUCACGUGCUAUUCAACAAAUUGGUUUCCUGUAAAUUACUCUAGUAAAUAAUACUUGGAGGAAAAUGUAUAGAAAAUUUGUUAUGCUUGUUCACUAAAAAAAUUAUUUAUAAUUUGAAGAGGAGGUAAUAUGCCCAAAUACUAUGAACAGAAUUUUGAAUAAUUGAAAUGUAAUAUAAUACUUACAUAUUUAUCCUGUAAGUUCAUGUAUACAUAUGUAAAAAAAGAAACUUAUACAGUGGUCCAAUUUCAUGGUUGAAUGCAUCUUUGGAAAAAAGAUCUACAAUGAUGGAAAAUAAAUAAAGAAAAAAACCAAGUAUUUAUGUAAAAUAUUUUUAAAAUAUUAGUCAUUGCAGCUGGCUAGUCUUUUGUUGAACUUUUUAACAUUUUUUAGACGAUGUAGUACAAUGGUAUGUUGAUAAUUUACGUUCCAAAUGUCUACAUUUCUAAGAGCAUACAAAUUCACAAUAUUAUUGAGUAAAGAGUUAAACAGAAAUCUUGUCAGCUGUAAAAUUGUAAUUGAACUUUCUGCAAUACCAUGGAUUGACUUUUAUUAGUUUCCACAAAAAUUAUCGCAAAUCAUCCAUAAUAAUGAUCACAAAUUUAUCAAUUAUUAUCCUUCUCCUUUCUGUAAGAAUACUAUAGACAAAUUAUUUUCGGCCCAGAAGAUAAAUGCACAUUGGUUACAUGAAGCGUCCUGAUGUAAUUUUCAUUUUAUGCACCAGAGUCUACUCUACUUGGUUGCGUAUCUUUGGUUUUAAACAUAGCUUUAAUCAUGUCUUUAUGGAGUAAAAAGAUUCUGGCUGGCUUUCGGCCCUAUUUUGUACAUCUUCCAGCCCACAUUUUUGCUCUUCAUUUUGCUUCCUUUUUGUAGGGGUCAAUGGAUUUUUAAUUAGCCCAUUCAAAUGGUGGUUGCAAUAAUUGUGAUUACAAUUGCUUUGGUAUAUUUUAAAUUAACCAUGACAUUGAACUCCACUUUGCAGUAGGUGGCCAAAUUAUUAGGG